CUUCAUCCAAACAAACCCUAAGACCAAUGCAUGCUUUGAGAAUAAGAAGAAUAUUUUUCACUUCUCUCUCCCCUUUAUGAUAUGGAGAUGAUGAUCUUGAUCAUAUGAAUCUCUAUAGCCGAACGCAUCUCAUCCUAUCGCACCGCACGCCUCCUGAAACCACACCACACUUCGCUGUAGAACUGUCAUUGUGAAGCCGAAGAAGCUUUCUACCCUCUCCGACUGGUCAAGGGAGCAGGGGAAUUGGAGCCGAAAGCUGAGUCUAUUGCUCUACAUUACUGUGACUAGUGGGAGAGAAUGAAAUGAAUGAAGCGCCUCAAUGGGCUGAGAAGGGGAGCUAUCUGCUCACAAAGCCAUGUGGUCCUCCUUCUGGAGAUCCAGAAAUCGUUUCUCAUUGGACGAGCUCAGAUAUAUUACUGAUCAGUUGAUGAAAGUUCAAAUUGUUAAUGAAGCUAAUACGGAUUUUGUAAUCGAGGCACUGCGAUCAAUCGCAGAGUUGAUAACAUAUGGUGAUCAACAUGAUGUAGCUUUUUUUGAGUUUUUCAUGGAGAGACAGGUCAUGGGGGAGUUCGUACGUAUUUUAAAAAUUAGUAGAACUAUUAUUGUGUCGCUACAGUUGCUGCAGACAAUGAGUAUUAUGAUCCAAAACUUAAGAAGGGAACAGUCUAUAUAUUAUAUUUUUUGUAAUGAGCACAUUAAUUACCUUAUAUCUUACUCCUUUGACUUUCAAAAUGAAGAGCUAUUGUCUUACUACAUAUCAUUUCUGAGAGCAAUAAGUGGAAGGUUGAACAAGAACACUAUUUCUCUUCUUGUCAAGACACAAAGCGAUGAAGUAGUUUCAUUUCCACUUUAUGUGGAGGCAAUACGGUUUGCAUUUCAUGAAGAAGGCAUGAUUCGAACUGCAGUCCGUGCUUUAACACUGAAUGUUUAUCAUGUUGGUGAUGAGGCUGUUAACAGAUAUGUAGCCAGUGCACCUCAUGCAACUUAUUUCUCAAGUUUGAUCACAUUUUUCCGAGCGCAAUGCAUCAGCUUAAAUAGAUUUGUGUCAAAUACCUCAAUGAGUUUGGGUGCAGAUGCAAUCUCUUCUGUCAAUCCAUCGGUUGAUGAGAUCGAAGACAAUCUGUACUACAUCAGUGAUGUUAUUUCAGCUGGAAUUCCAGAUAUUGGGAGGUUGAUUACAGACAACAUAUUGAAGUGUUUGAUAUUUCCGUUGGUUCUCCCUUCUUUAAGGACAGAAACUAUUGAUGAUGCAGAAAUUGGCACUGCAACUUCUUUGUAUUUACUUUGUAGCAUUUUACGUAUUGUUAAGAUCAAAGAUCUAGCAAAUAGUAUUGCUGCUUCCCUUCUAUGCUGCAUAGAAAGUUUCUGGCACAGAUCUGAACCCAAUAUCAAUGGAUACAUGUCAAGUGAUUACUUGAUGGAAAAAUGUAUACAAUCUGAUAUUGGUGACGUAAAGCUGAAACCUGAAGAAAGACUUUUACAGGUUUCUGUAACAAACUUAUCUAGUUCACAGAAUCAUUCGGAAGGCAUCUUGCAUCAGGAAUGCAGUGGCUCCCAUUUUGCACCAAGGGAGGCCUUGGUUUCUUAUAUCAUCUGCGGUGACGAUGUUCAGGUUUCAGGUUCUUUAAGUGUGCUGGCCACUCUAUUACAAACCAAAGAACUGGAUGAAGUAAUGUUAGAUGCUCUUGGAAUUCUUCCACAGCGGAAACAACAAAAAAAACUCUUGCUGCAAGCUUUGGUUGGUGAGGAAUCUGGUGAGGAGCAACUUUUUUGCCCUCAAAAUAAUGUAGUCAAAGAUGGCUUCAGUGGUGAGCUUAAUAGUUACCUACAAAAGCUUAAGGUACUAAUGUUGCAUGACUAGCAUCAUUCCUAUUCUUUCUAGUCAUUUCUCUAGAAGACAAAUAAAUUAUCAGUUAUUAUAUUCAUAUUAUUGCAGAUUUCAGUUACAACUAUUAUUAUUUCAGAUAUUAUAUUCAUAUUAUUGCAGAUAAGUAAAUAGAUUACCUUAUAGGCUCUCCUUCUGGUUGUAUAAAUUGGACUUCAAGAUUAGUAAUUCAAUCAAGCAUUUUCAACCUAAAAUCCUCUAUCUUUCUAAAGUUCAAUAUGGUAUCACAGCCACACAAGCUUUAACCAGCUGUCUCCCUUCUCCUAUGACCGCAGAGGACUCCCCCUGCCGCCUGCCGGACAGUCUGCCAUUAUCCUGAGCAGUCUACCAUUCCUUCUGGAAUUUCUUCUACCACAGUCAACAACCCUCUCACCCCAGAUGGUCUAAUCAUGCUCAACCCAGCCACUUCCCAGAAAAACUUGAAGGGACGAAUUACCUAAUAUGGAGUGACCAAGUGACCUCUUGGUUGGCUCUCAUCUCGACCAGUACAUCGAUGAUGAUGCUGUUCUGACACCUAAAAGUGACACCACAUGCUGUCUCCGGUGGAAUAGGUAAGACCGUCUCCUCCGACAUGCUCUUGUCUCCUCCCUCAGCUCAGGGUGCAAACCUUUGGCCGGCUUUGCACGCACCUCUGCAGCAGUUUGGAAAACUCUUGAAUGACUAUACAGUACGCGGUCAGCUUCCCAGAUUCGGAGCCUCUAAGACAGAUUUUCGCCAUAGUCAAAGAAUACCUCCACCAACUUCUCACUCCGGCUGGCUGACCACUAGACGAUGAAGACUUAGUCCUCCAAGUUCUAGAGGGGCUUCGCCCAGAAUUUGCAUCGAUUGAGAACUUGAUUCUCACUUCUGGAGAUAACCGAUUCAAAUAUAUCUAUGGGUUGCUUGUCGGCUUCGAGGAUAAACUAUGAUGGAAAGAAUCUAUAAACUCAUCUGGCUUUGUCACAACAAUAGAAUUCACUGUGAGUACUGUCGAUUCUGUUGCUCUUGCGGCUCGUAGGGGAUCAACCGUAUAUCAGAGACCAAACUCAGCAUCCAUAUAUAUAUAUAUAUAUAUGAAGUUCUAAAUACAUAUUUUUAAAGCUAUAUUUGUAAGUGUUGAUAAAACGAAGAGACAUCAUUAAUCUAGGAUUUAUUUUCCUUAUUAUUACUGUAAUUAUGUGUCUUUAGUGCUUCAGGUUGUAUUUAAUAGCUGCUGUCUUUUCAGUUCUCAAUCAUUUAUGUUUAGUAUUUAGACAGUCACCUAGGGUGCGGAAUAGACUCUCUCAGGAUUUCUAUCUGUAUAAAUAGCUUAUGUACUUCUUGUAAAUGAAUUCAAGGAAAUAAUAUUCAGAAAACUUCAUGGUAUCAAAGCUUGGUUUCGUCUAAGCCUUUUUUGAGUCUAUCACCUCUCCAACGGUCAUUUUUUGGGUGUCUCUACCCUUCUCUCUCUUUAACUCCCGGUGGAGUCUCUUCAUCAAGGGUUUUAUCAUGUCUAAAGAAGCCGAAUCAGCCUCAAGUAACCUUGAUCACUCAACCAUUGUUUCAGCUGCUACUGCAGCCGCGUUUGCUCUUCGAAACCAGAAAUUUGAUCUCCCUUCUAUCCCGCCAUCUUACCGUCUCAAUGGCAGGAACUAUCUUGGGUGGUCAAAGCUGGUUUACACUCUUCUACGUGGCAAAGAUCUUGAAGACUGUCUCACUAUCUCUACCCCAGAAGAAGGAGAGAUUGAUGCUGCUAUUUGGGAGAAAACUAAUGCCAACAUACGGGUCUGGUUAUGGGACUCUAUGGAUCCCAACAUUAGCAAUACAUGUUUAUACAUGGGACUCGGCUAAAGAAAUCUGGGAUUUCAUACAGCAGUCCUACUCUGUUGCUAAAGAUGGCGCUUUUGUCUAUGACUUAUGGCUCAAAACAACGAAUCUUAAGCAAGAUUCACAAUCUGUCACAGAUUAUGCAAUUGACCUCCAACGACGAUGGUCUGAACUUGACCAGUAUCAAACGAUAAAGUGGUCGAAUGCUGCAGAUGCAGCUCUUCACAAGAACUAUAUAAAUCAGCAACGUCUAUAUUGCUUCUUGUCUGGUUUGAAUCCCGAAUAUGAUCAGACUCGGGGUCAAAUUCUUGGCAUUACUCCUCUGCCUUCCAUAUCUUCUGCCAUUGCCACUAUCAAACAUGAAGAGAGCAGACGCAAUAUAAUGAUGAAUACAAAUCUGAUUGACAGUACAGCUCUUGCUGCCAAAUCUACUCCUUCAGAUGUUAAGGAAACUAAGGGUAGUAAGGGAGGAAGAUGGUGUGAUCAUUGCAAGCGGUCCAACCAUAAUGUGGAUACAUGCUGGAAACUUUAUCCUCAUCUACAGAAAGAAAGAAAAAGCCAGGACAGACGUGGAACUAGUGCUGGACGUGCCAACUCAGUCACUCCCACUAUUGUUGAGAGCUCUACUAAUCUUUGGCCCAUUUCCCAGGAGGAAUUAAAGCAACUUCGUAUGAUGUUACAGUCUCUUAAUAACUCAAAUGGUUCUGGUCAUAGCUCUUUGGCCCUGCAAGGUAAAACCUCUACUAUUUUUUGUCUUAAUGCUUCGGAACAGAGUUCACAAUCCCAAUGGAUAUUAGACUCAGGUGCCACAUCUCAUAUGACUGCCAUACCCUCUUUACUCUCUAAUUAUCAUCCAUGUUUUACAUCCACACACAUCACUACUGCUGAUGGGACACCUAUAAACAGGUUCACUCCAUUGUUGACGCAUGACCAAUUGGCUGACCCAGGUAAUGUCUCUUCUUCUCCACCACCAUCUCCGCCAAUUGCUUUACGCAAGGGUGUACGUCAAUGUACCAAAACACCUCUAUACCCUCUUGCUAAUUUUGUUACCAUUGAUAACUUCUCUCCUUCACAUGCCUUGUUUGUUCAGAGACUUAAUGAAAUUCCCAUACCCAACUCUGUUUCUGAGGCAUUAGGAAAGAAAGAAUGGAGGGAUGCUAUGCAAGAGGAAAUUAGAGCUCUUGAAAAGAACCAUACUUGGGAUAUUGUGACUAAACCUCCUGGGAGGCAUGUUGUUGGUUGCAGGUGGAUCUUUACUGUCAAAUACAAGGCUGAUGGAUCUCUUGAGCGGUACAAAGCUCGUCUUGUGGCUAAAGGAUACACUCAGACGUAUGGGAUUGACUAUCAAGAGACCUUUGCUCCUGUAGCUAAGCUCAAUACUGUCCGUAUCCUACUAUCCUUGGCAUCUCACUUUGAUUGGCCUUUAUUGCAAUUUGAUGUCAAGAAUGCUUUUCUCCACGGUGACUUGCAUGAUGAGAUCUACAUGUACAUUCCCCCAGGCUUUAAUAAAACAUCAACAAGAACCUCUACACAUGUAUGCCAGUUAAAAAAAGCCCUCUAUGGUCUCAUGCAAUCCCCUCGUGCUUGGUUUGACCGCUUCACACAGGUUGUUCUUGCUGCUGGGUAUAGUCAAAGCCAAGGGGAUCAUACUCUUUUUUACAAACACUCUCACCCAAAUGGAGUCACUAUUCUUUUAGUAUAUGUGGAUGACAUCAUUGUGACGGGUAAUGAUCCAGUUGAGAAACAACGUCUUGAGGGGCAGCUGAAAUCCAAAUUCGAGAUGAAGUCUCUUGGCCCUCUAAAAUACUUUCUUGGAAUUGAAGUUGCUCGCUCAUCUGAAGGCAUCGUUAUUAGCCAACAAAAGUACAUUACAGAUUUGUUAAAUGAGACUGGUAAGAGUGCUUGUCGACCGGUUAAUGCACCUAUGGAUCCUAAUCAUAAGCUUGGACUUGUUACUGAUGAACCCAAGGUUGAUUCAUCAAUGUAUCAGCGCUUGUGUGACAAACUUAUCUAUCUCUCUCAUACUAGACCUGACAUUGCCUAUGCAGUUAGUGUUUUGAGUCAGUUCAUGCAUGAUCCAAGGAAACCACAUCUAGAAGCAGCCUAUAGGGUUCUUCACUACCUAAAAGGAAGUUCAGGGCAAGGGAUAAUAUUCAGGAAGGGUGGGAAAUUAUCAGUCCAAGCCUUCACUGAUGCAGAUUAUGGUGGCUCCCUCGUUGACCGCUGGUCAACUACUGGCCUCUGUGUUUUCCUAGCAGGAAACCUCGUGACAUGGAGAAGCAAAAAAACAGAAUGUUGUGGCACGAUCAUCUGCUGAAUCUGAGCUAAGAGCUCUUGCCCAUGGCUUAUGUGAACUUCUAUGGAUCAGAAUUAUUCUCUUAGAUUUACGAAUCAAGUGGAAAGGACCAAUGGAAUUGAGGUGUGAUAACAAAUCAGCAAUCAACAUAGCUCAUAAUCCAGUCCAACAUGAUCGGACCAAGCAUAUUGAGAUUGAUAGGCACUUUAUCAAAAAAAAAAGGUUGAAGGAGGUCUGAUCGAACUAAGCUACACUCCCUCAGAAGAUCAAGUUGCAGAUGUGUUUACCAAACCUCUGCAUAGUCCUAGGUUCCAGGGUCUUAUUGUCAAGCUAGGCAUGACGGAUAUCUACAAACCUAGCUUGAGGGGGAGUGUUGAUAAAAUGAAGAGACAUCAUUAAUCUAGGAUUUAUUUUCCUUAUUAUUACUUUAAUUAUGUGUCUUUAGUGCUUCAGGUUGUAUUUAAUAGCUGCUGUCUUUUCAGUUCUCAAUCAUUUAUGUUUAGUGUUUAGACAGUCACCUAGGGUGCUGAAUAGACUCUCUCAGGAUUCCUAUCUGUAUAAAUAGCUUAUGUACUUCUUGUAAAUGAAUUCAAGGAAAUAAUAUUCAGAAAACUUCAGUAAGCUAUAUUAUAUUUGUAAGCUAUACUAUAUUUGGUAUCAUGCCUGUCCCAAGCCAGUAUAAAGGAGGAGGGUGCUGUGGUAGGCGCGUGAUGGCCAACAGUAUCACUUGGUCGCAUCACAUGACAUGAAUCGAAAUAUGAAUAUCGCUACAACUAGGUCAUCGCCUGUAAGGGACAUGCCAUCCCUCCGCCUGGGGUGAUGUCAAAUAUGCAAAGAUGCACUACACUUAAUAGGCCUGGGUGUGGUGAUAUGAAUGCUAAGGUUUCAAGAUCGUCGCCCGAAAGUGACGCACCACUCCAAUGCCCAGAAAUUGUGUCAAGUAUGCUAGGGCAUGGUGGGGGUUGAUGUGGUGUGACCAUGUGAAGAAAAGAAGGCAUCGUGCUAGAUUGCGUUUUGGAACGUGAAAUGUUGGCUCUCUUACGAGAGAAUCAUGUAAGAUAGCCGAUGUUAUGAAGAUGAGGAAUAUCAACAUAAUGUGCAUUCAAGAAACUAAGUGGGUUGGAGAAAAGGCACGUGAGAAUAAUUCCUGAGGUUUUAAGUUGUGGUAUUUGGGGAGAGAGGAACAGAAAUGGAGUAGGCAUUAUGGUGGCACAUGAUUAUGUUGAGGGUGUGGUGGAACUGUGGAAGUCUUUAGGAAGUACGAUCGCAUCAUGAGCAUUAAGUUGAUAAUAGAAGAUGAGAUCAUGUCCGUGGUAAGUGCCUAUGCACCACAAGUGGGAUUGGAUGAAUCUAUCACUCAACAAUUUUGGGAGGAUCUUGCGGAAGUGGUGCGCCGAGUGCCAAGGGGAGAAAAGUUGGUCAUAGGAGGCGACCUCAACGGGCAUGUGGGCCCAAGUCGUGAUGGUUUUGAGAGUAUCCAUGGCGGACAUGGUUUUGACACUAGAAAUGAAGCGGGGAAGAACAUUAUAGAUUUUGCCUUGACAUAUGAGUUGGCUGUAACGAACACUUGGUUCAAGAAAAGGGAUUCUCACCUUGUGACGUAUAGAAGUGGAGUUAAUAGUACCCAAAUUGAGUACUUUUUAGUACGGACGACUUGGAGAACUAGCUACACUGAUCGUAAGGUCAUCCAUGGUGAGAGUGCUGUCACUCAGCAUUGGAUGCUUGUGCUUGUAAGAAGAGCAAGCGAGUUAGGGUACAAGGAAAGCCAAAUAUAAAGUGGUGGAGGCUCGAGGGGAAUCUCCAACAAAGUUUUGCACACAAAAUGUUGAAGGAAGAUGUAUGGUCUAUUGAUAAUGACACACAUGUGGACGACGUGUGUAAAGGAUGUCUGUAAGACAUACAAAUCUGGCAAAGGAUUGUUGUCUUGAUUAAUUUGGAUUCUGAGAAAUUCUCAGUAAUCCAAUAGAAACAGUACAGUGAACACAGAGAAAUGCGAAAUCUAGAGGAAGAAGAAAGACUUUCUCUCUCUAGCAGUCUAGCCUGAGCCCAACAACUCCCAACUGAAUUCCAGCCUACUCUAUUCUAUCCUCCUUCCCCCUUUUAUACUAAUCCUUUCAUAAAGAGCUGGCCCAAACUCAAGAACUAAAAAGGCCCAAAACCCUCACUUAUAAACCAACACAAUCUUUAUUAUUCUAUUAUUAGUCUUUAUUAUCCGGGUUCCUAUCAUUACUCCCCCUUAGAUAACCACCUUGUCCUCAAGGUGGUGAUAGGAAACAGCCCUGAACUUCCGCUUCAUCCUCAUCCUUGCACCUCUUCCUUCUCAGUACCUCCCUGAUUGCUGCACCAUGAGCUUCAGUAGUGUCACUGCUAGUCCCCUAGAUUGAGAGCCCUGGUCCUCCAACAAUAUUGCAUGUCUCUCAGCUUUUGACCUAUCCCUUGAAGGAUGCUCCUCCCUGAACAACUCAUACAGAACUUCAUCUGUACGCAUAUCAAAAGAAAGCUCAAGUGGAUUUGAGUCUCUAUGUUGGGUUACUCCACCUUCCGUCAGUCUUUCGAGCUGAUUCCACCUGAGUGAUCCUUCUACCAAUUUGAACUCAGGAUCCAAAACUUUUGCAGUUCCUUCUAGUAGAGCUCCUAUCACCAAAGCAUAGUCAGGAUGAAGAGAACAGUUGAACUCGUACAUAACCACAUAUAACUGAUUCCUUAUAAACUGGAAAUCCUGAGAUUGUCUUCUGCCACCACCAAUUGAUGUUAGCAGGGCGUUUGCAACUGAUUUUAGGUUAGCUCCUUCAGGAAUGAAACCGAGUGAGAGGAAUUCUUUUGCCAAACUCCUUGAAUUUGUAGCUUCAUCAUCUCCAGUAGCUACCCUUUCUAAAUAAGCUUGAAGCAUGAGAACUUUCAACUGCACAUCUUUUGGCCACUUCAACUUCUGAAAUAGACUAUCUUCCUUCUUAGCUUUGAACAACUCCUCUGUUUCAAGGUGCUCACUCAUUUUCACCUGUAGGACAGCCCCGUGCAUCACAUCAUAUAAAUCUCGCAUGGCCCUAGUGGCACCUUUUUCCUGCUUCUGUAAAUCCUCUUCUUUUAAUAGUAGGUGUUCGAGCGUUAACGGGUAGUUCAGGGGUUGCACACCUCAAACUCCAUACUCAAUAAGUGGAUGGUGAGAACUCCACAGCUCUAGAAGUACAGUAAACGCCUUUGAAAAUACAGAAUGAGCUGUGUCUUUCUCUGAAUGCACUGGCUGAGACCUGAUCAUACUGCCGGAGCUGUUAUCCAUUAAAAUAAUGUGUCCAUCUCUGGUCCAGAGCAAAGUAAAUCCUUCCCCACUUUCAUAUGAGAUUCCACCUUCUGGGUUCACCGUGCUUUGAUUAAUACCCGAAGGUGCCUUAACAGAAAGAGAGCUGUCUGGAGAUCUUGAGCUAGAGAGACCAGCACCACUUGGAAGAAGGGAAACUUCAGUUUUGGUUUCAAUGAUCAAGUGAAAUCUUGUUUCCUCAGAGCCCGAGCUGCUGCCAAUCAUGUAAUAGUGAAAUGGGACAUAUUCGUUCCCAAUAGCGACACUCAAAGAAUUAGUGUAAGAGUCUUGAGCUGUUGUUGUUACACUAGUACUAAUGCCUUCCAUGCCCUUCACCUCAGAUAAUAUAUCACAGGCAGCAAAAUGUUUAUAGAAUGUGUUAACUUCUACAUGAAGAUUGAUGUGGAUCAAACUGAGAGAUGCUUUCUGUGAGGUACCGUUCAACAUUUCAGAAGGUUGUAGAAGAAAGGAAGCACCUGGAUGCUCCUGCUCAUGAGUUGUCUGUGACAUUGCCAUUAAGUGAUCUUGCAUUAAUGCUUUGGUCCGAGGCUGUGUUUACUGAUAUCCUGAAACACUUUUACUUCUCCAUGGUGAUCAAACUACUUCACUGCCAUCCAUGUGUAUACCAGCUUCUUCAAGAUUUACUCCCAAAAGAAGUGCCCUGUCCCCUAACUCUGCCAGAAUCCCAGAAUGCAAUGGUUUCCACUGAACUCUAAUCUCUUCCUUUAAUCCAUUCAUGAAUUUGCCUUUAAGCAUCUCAUAAUCCUUCAAUCUCAUAGAGGCUACCACCAAUGCAUAUCUCUCUUCCUCGGAUUUCUUUCUGUUCAAGUAUUUUUGAGAAUUUGGAAUUAGCAUGGACACAUUUUUCAUUCCAGGCUUUUCAAUAAUCCAUAUACCAGUCUUAAUAAUGUUCUCAGGGACCAAGUGAUAAUCACACUUUGAUAUAUGCAGAGUAAUCUCCCUUCCUGGACAGAUAUGAUUUCUGUUACUGGACAUAUCCUCCUCAUACGAUGUAGCCUGCGAACUGAGGGUGUCUCCUCUCUCUCGCGUCGUUCUAGGGCUCGCAUAGGGAUAUCGCCGCCAUUUGGAGUCUCCACUUGAUUGCAUCACACUCUGCGAACUGAUAAGGAUAGAAUCUGCGAAUGAGGAAACCUGUAAACAGACAGAAUCUGCUCGCGAUGAGGAUGAAAAGACCCGCGAACAAGGAGAAACAGUUUGCGAUGGUGAACUGAGAAGAGCCGUUCCCGACUGCGAACUGAAGGCUUCUGAUUGCCGCAAAACUGACGAAUUAGGAGAAGUUGCUCGCAAAAACCCCUGAGAACUGGAAGCUACUGUUAGCAAAGAAGCUGAAGUGGUUCGCGGUGACAUAUGCGAACUCAUAGAAUAGGCAAGAGACGAAGAGGACUGGUGAGAAUUGAGCCGUGGCACCGUCUGGAAGUUCACGACCGUCCCUGGUUCUUCUGCGAUUAUGAUUCAUCGCCAGUUGGCGUAGUUUGGCCUUUAUUCCGUCCAUCCUUCAGCGCAUGUUGCGCAUCUCCUCCACUACCGAUCGCAAAACAGUUGUGUUCCGCUCCAUGUACUGCUCGAUGUUAUCCACUCGAUUCUCCAUUUGCGACCUGGUAAAUCUCAUUCACUGGCUAUAGGACCGAAUUGCUCUAAUACCAAUGUUAGACAUUCAAAUCUGACAAAGGAUUGUUGUAUUGAUUAAUUUGGAUUCUGAUAAAUUCUCAGUAAUCCGAUAGAAACAGUACAGUGAACACAGAGAAAUACAAAAUCUAGAGGAAGAAGAAAGACUUUCUCUCUCUAGCCUGAGCCCAACAAAUCCCAACCGAAUUCCAGCCUACUUUAUUCUAUCCUCCUUCCCCCUUUUAUACUAAUCCUUUCGUAAAGAGCUAGCCCAAGCUCAAGAACUAAGAAGGCCUAAAACCCUCACUUAUAAACUAACAUAAUUUUUAUUAUUCUAUUAUUUGUCUUUAUUAUCCAGGUUCCUAUCAAUGUCUGCCACAAAAAAAGACACCCUUGGUGGAAUGGUGAGGUGAAACAAGCAAUAGGGAUCAAAAGAGAAUGCUACAAAAAAUUGGUAAAAAAUUGGAGCAACGAGAACAUAGAGGCGUACAAAGAGGCUAGAAGAAGAGCAAAGAAAGCUGUAAGGGAAGCAAGAGGGAAAGUGAACAAGGAGUUGUAUUUAAAAUUGGACUUUAAGGAAGGAGAAAAAUAUAUUUACAGACUUGCUCGCCUUCAUGACCGUAUGAUUUAAGAUAUCGAAAAAAUUAAGUGUGUGAAGGAUGUCGAUCAAAGGGUACUAAUGGCGGACGAGGAAAUGAAAGAGAGGUGGAGGUCAUACUUUGAUACCUUGUUCAACGAGCAUAAAAUGCAAGGUAUUGAUGAUCUUAAUAUACCAGAGUGUAUGAUAAAUCGAGACUUCGUGAGAAGGAUCCAAACAACAGAAGUUGAAAAGGCUUUGAGAAAGAUGUGGCAGAAGAAAGCAAUGGGCUUAUAUGGCAUACCGAUCGAGGCUUGGAGAAGUUUAGGAGAGAAAAACAUCGAGUGGCUAAAUCGUUUCUUCAACAUGAUUUGGGUAAACAACAAAAUACCCGUGAGUUGGCGGAAGAGUGCGCCCAUUCCCCUAGUUAAAUAUAAGGGUGAUGUACAAGAUUGUGCCAACUAUCGAUGGAUUAAACUUAUGAGUCACACCAUGAAACUUUGGGAGCGAGUGGUUGAACAAAGAUUUCAAAAAAGUGUGAAAAUUUCAGAGUAUCAGUUUGGUUUUAUACCUGGACGCUAAACAACUGAGACCAUUCACCUUUUUAGACAAGUUGUGAAGAAGUAUAAAGACACUAAAAAUGAUUUGCAUUUGGUGUUCAUUGAUUUAGAAAAGGCAUAUGAUAGGGUACCUCGAGAAGUCAUGUGGUGGGCCUUAACUAGAAAAGACUUAUCACAUGAGCAAGGUUUAAAAAGGCGGGUUUAGGUAUUAAGGUGGUUUGUUCCUAACUAGAAAAAACAUAUUACAUAACCUAGGAUCAUGUGGUAUUUCUCACUUAAUCACUCCCCCUGUACUCCGGAACACAAUGGAUUCGCUGAACGGAGACACUGAAACAUUGUGGAAACUGAGAUCACUCUACUCUACCACGCCUCUAUGCCCCUUCAAUAUUAGUCACAUGCUUUUCUUACUGCAGUGUAUCUUAUUAGUAGACAACCUGCAACCUCUCUUAACUUUUGCACUCCUUAUGGAAAACUGUUUCAACGGCCCCCUAUUCCACAAAACUUGCUAUUUUCGGAUGUUUUCCUUGGUUGCGUUCUUACACAACCCAUAUGUUGGAAUCUCAGGCUAGGCCUUGUAUUUUUCUUGGGUAUUAUGACCAACAGAGUGUUUAUCUCGGUUUAUCGCUGCCUUGAUCUUACUACUAAUUGUAUCUUUGUUAGUAGGCAUGUUGUGUUUAAUGAGUCUUUCUUUCCAUUCUCAACCACUACAAAACCAGUCACCAACUUACUCACUGAGAUCGAUAAUUGGCUUAAGCCACCUAUUUCUUUUUUUCGUAUUUCAAGUAAGCAGGUAGCAGACACAUCCCCUCUUUAUCAUACCCUCGUCUCAAAGUACAACUCCUGUAGUCCUGUGGAUCCUUCUACUUCCAACCAACUCACCUCGCCUACACCUACCCCACCACACAUAAUCACUUACUAACGUCGCUCUAAAUAGAAACAUAUUGAGCAACCCUCACAUCGACCACCCACAAACUCCACCAAUACUCCUACCAACAUCAUACCCUCAAUUCCACCUACUACCCAACCCAAUUCUUCACCUAAACGUACCCAUUCAACGACCCUUUGACCUCACAAACAAGCCAACCUUGUUACUCAAAGCCAUAUACCCCAUCAUAUUUUUCCCGCUAGUGCUUCUCAAGCUUUACAGGCACCAGUAUGGUAGAAUGCUAUGAUAGCAGAGUUUGAUGCCUUGGUUAAACAAGGUACUUGGGAUCUUGUUCCAGCUCCUUCUGGUCAAACUGUUGUCGGGUGUAAGUGGGUUUAUAUGGUGAAAUAUAACCCAGACGUUUUGUUGGAUCGCUUUAAAGCUCAGUUGGUGGUUUAAGGCUUUCAUCAACGACCAAGGAUAGAUUAUUUUGACACAUUUAAUCCGGUAGUUAAGCUAGUUACUAUUAGGGUAGUUCUGACUAUUGCCCUUUCUCAUGGUUGGAAAAUCAAUCACUUGGAUGUCAAUAAUGCAUUCCUACAUGGGACACUUCAGGAGGAGGUAUACAUGUAGCAACCCCUUGGGGUUCAAUGAUGGCUCUGGGUUUGUGUGACGUCUUUAGAGGUCGAUUUAUGGUCUAAAACAGGCACCCCGUAUGUGGUAUCAGUCUCUCAAUGGCUUUCUUUUCUUACUUGGUUUCUCUCGGUCUAUUUCUGAUGCUAGUCUAUUUAUCUUCUCUUCUCAUGGAACUUAUGUCUAUGUGUUAGUUUAUGUGGAUGAUAUUAUUGUCACUGGCUCUAUACCUGCAUCAGUGCAUUAGUCUUUGAUUUUUUGGCACAUAAGUUUAUUAAAGAUUUAUGAUCCUUGCACUAUUUUUUAGGCAUGUAGGUUACACCCACACAAGAUGGCCUUUUUCUUGACCAACAUUAAUAGAAUAGAUGCAAUAAUGAAGAUGAAAGUAAACUUGUGUUAUUGAGGAUGAACUGUACAUAGUAUGUAUACAAGUAAGAGCCUCAACAAGACUAAGAACAAACUCUACAGUAGUAUGUAUUUAUACACUAUUCCUAACAUCCCCCCCCUCAAAUUUAGGGUGAUUGAUUUGGAAAAUUAAUUACACUAAGUUUGCUCCUCAUAUCAAGGACUGUGGUGGCAGAUAGGGGCUUGGUUAACACAUCUGCCACUUGCCGAGGAGCAGGAAUGUGGAAGACUUCAAUCUGCUUCAGUUUAACCUUUUCUCGUACAAAGAACUGGAUUGUGAGCAAGUGGAACUGUGCUAAGAUUGUGAUAGUAAACUUUGGGAGUAACAAAUGGAGCUUGAAGUUCUUUAAGCAUAAAUUGAUUCCAUAGAAUUUCUGAUGUGGUGUCUGGCUGUCUGCAAGGCUUCUAUAUUCAGCUUCUGCUGAAGAUCUGUCAACUCUCAAUUGUUUUCUAGACCACCAAGAAAUGAUAUUAGGACCUAGAAAGAUACAUGACCCGGAUGUGGAUUUCCUAUCAAUAGGGUCAGUGCCAGAUAGAUAUCUUAGAAUAUGUUCCACAACUUCCCAAUGUUCCUGUAAAGGCGCAGCCAUAAACUGACACUUUGUUCACAACAUAGCUAAGUUCAUUUCUUUGUUAAGGUAGCAUAUUGCAGAACUCCAACAACAGACCUAUAAGAGGAAGGAUCGGGAAGAUAAUCACUGCCUUCACUGGUAAGUUUGCAGCUACUAACCAUGGGUGUUUUAACUCCCUUGGAGUCUGUCAUCCCAACUUUAUGUAGAAGAUCUCUAACAUAUUUGGCUUAAGAGAGGUGUAAGCAACCAUUUGAAAUGUUUAGCGUCCAGAUCUCUAACAUAUUUGACUUAAGAGAGGCAAAUAAUGUUUAUACCUGGACACUAAACAACUAGGCGAGCAACAUUAGCAGAAAAUAAUGUUUGCUGUGAGGAGUCACGAAGUUUUCUCAGUCGCAAUUCUUUGGCUAGUAGAAGUGAUUCAAGUUCAUAAAUAGUAACUGGAUCCAGGAUGCUUCGCCCAGUGACGGAUGAUAUAAGAGACUUAUAAUCUUCUGGAAGGCCUUCAAGGAUCACAUUGAUUUGAUCUUUGGCAGAUAUAGGUUCACCGAUGGACAUCAGAUUAUCAACAAUGGUCUGAAUGCGAAGAAGAUAAUUUGAAAUAGAGCGAUCACCUUUUCCGGUAUUAUACAGCUCGAAUUUGAGUUGUUGAGCCUUGGCGACAAUGUUUGACCGGAAGAAUUUCUGAAUUUCGCUCCAGAGCUGAUGCGAAUGUCUACAGUUGAUGACACAAUCAUGAAGCGAUUCUGAGAGAUAUGCAAGAAGCCAUGAGAAAAUCAUUUGAUCUUGUUGCUCCCAGAUGAUAUAAGCUUCGUUCAGUGUUUUUGUCGCUCCAUCAUCGCUGGCAGUAAAUCGUUCUGGUAUUUCAGGAUUUUUCGAUGAACUUGAGAAGUUUGUGCGCUCGGAUUACUAAUUCAACUUGAAGAUUCAAAGAUGUAGAAAUGAUAGGAAUCAGGCCCAUUAGGCUAAUAAUAGAAAUAAAAAUAAUAAUAAGUAUACAUGUAGUAUAAAUAGAAGGGGAGGGGAGGAGAAAAGGUAGGUUGUUUUAGACUUUGGUCUGGGAACUGGGAAGAUUAGAGACUUAUCAUCUCUAUCUUUGGGACUUCAUUGUGUAUGGUUUCCACCAUUAAUGAAGUUGGAUCUUGUUUCUGGAAUUCUACUUUUUCUUUUCUGUAAAUUUUAUACACUUGCGAGUACCUAUCAGUGGUAUCAGAGAGCGUCGAUCACUGUGGAUGGUCUGUACGUGUGAGAAAAUGGAAACGCGAAUGAACGAUGUAGAAAGAAUGGUGAAGCGGUUGGAUGAAAAUUCCAUGGCGAUGCAUACAGCAAUGCAGACAUCGUUUGCGAACAUAUAGAACAAGCUCCAAAGUCGUUCGAGGAGUCGUUCGCACCAUUCGAACACUUCGCAUCGAACAUCUCAUCACAGACGGAAGAAGGAAUAUUCUGAAGCUGGAGCAAUUACUCAUUCUCUCACUUGUAACUACCCCUCCAGCUUGAAUAACAGCAGCAAGGAUUGGAGUUCUUUUAAAGAAGGCAAACUUCCUUCUUCGGACAGGCAAGGAUGGAACCAAGGAAUUAUGACUGUUGUACUUGGUAAUGCAGGAGCUGAUUUUGUAUUCUCGCUCACAAAGUGUUACUUGGUUACUGUGCUGCUUCAUACCAACAAAGAUUAUGCCAUUUUAAAGAUAGCCUGGGUUCCUCCACUCCAUGUUUCAAGACACCAGGUGAAAAGGGACUCUACUUUUGAGAAAUGUGCAGUGGCAGAGAGGUAUUUGUGGAGAAUUGCUAUGGGAGUUGUUGGGAGGAAUGAUGUUGGGUGUACUCGAAGUGCGGCAGAGGGUGGCAUUGUUUUACUGAGAAGCAUCAGGACAGUCAAUCAUCACUCAAAGGGAGAAAAGUCAAAUGGAGUUGAAGAAAUUUGUAGUUCAAAAGUUUCUGAUGAGCAGAUUAAAAGGGAUGAGAAUCCUGAUGUUCAGGACAUGAACACAAAUUCUGCUACUGUUGUAAGGGAUAUACCUCAGGAAAGCCUGAAGAUAUUUGUGGCUAUUGAAGGCCUGAAGACUAAGGAAGAAAAUGAAACUUCACCAGAAAUAUUCUAUGCUGCAGAAACAUCUGUGAAUUGUAAAGAUCAAGUACUGAAGCUCCUUGCUCAGAAACCAGUGAGAUAUUAGGAAGGUAGAAGCGCAAGGAUGAGAGGAAGCAGAAGAUCUUAUCACCCACCUUGAGGGCAAGGUGGAUGUUUAGGGGGGAGUUUUGAUAGGAAUCAGGCCCAUUAGGCUAAUAAUAGAAAUAAUAAUAAUAAUAAGUAUACAUGUAGUGUAAAUAGAAGGGGAGGGGAGGAUAAAAGGUAGGCUGUUUUAGACUUUGGUCUGGGAACCGGGAAGAUUAGAGACUUAUCAUCUCUAUCUUUGGGACUUCAUUGUGUAUGGUUUCCACCAUUAAUGAAGUUGGAUCUUGUUUCUUGAAUUCUACUCUUUCUUUUCUGUAAAUUCUUCACACCUGCGAGUACCUAUCAAGAAACUGAGUGAAUCGAGCUGGAUCGGAAGAGGAUGAGUGAAGAUUACUGGAGAAACUGAGUUCCCUAUUGGUUGCAAAGAUGUAGAUUCAGAGGUUGAGAUCGUCAUGGUUGGAACGAGUUAAGUUCUGAUACCAUAAUACAAUAGAUGCGGUCAUAGUUGUCAUGGCGCAUGGCGCAACCCAUGGUGCACAGGCCAUUUUCCAUGGCGAUGGCGAUGGCGCAAAUAUGGCGUCACCACGUGACAAAAAAACCUUCAAAACGAAUAAUAGAUACUGCAAUUCAUCAACCCAAGUUUACCCAACCACCAAAACAUGAUAAAAUAGUUCAAAGUACUUCCAAAAAACAUAAUAUUCAAAAAAAGAGUUUCUGUCUUGCAAAAUAUGUUAGGAUUUAGGCUUGUUAGCUUGUUUUUGUUUGAUGAUUAUGGCAUAAUCAUCAUCAAUCAUCAGACUCCUCAUCAUCUUGGUCUGAAUCUGAUAGCAAUGGCACACCAUCCUCAUUCAUUUCAUCCUCGGAGGGAUCUGCAACCUCGUCCGUUUCCUCCAUUUCCUCCGCCUCCUCUGUCUCCUCUGUCUCCUCUUCCAACAGUAUGAGUAUUUAAAAUCUCAACUCUCAACUAUUAUAAAUUGAUAGACAAUUACACAUAAAGCAAACUAUUAAAGCAUCUUACAGUGUAAAGUUUAGUUUAAACUCAAAAUAUAAAGUUUAAACUUUAAUUAACUUUGUGUUAUACAUUCAUAAACACUUUAUCUUUAAGUUUAAACUUUACAUAAAUUAUAUACCAUAGAAAGUCUCUGUUUUAGUUAAACCAUGCACAUGUAAGUUUAGACCAUUCACAGUAAAGUUUAGUACACAGCAUUAACUGAACUUUUCUUCAUUAAUACACAGCAUUAAAGAGGUAGUAGUACCUUUUGUAGUUGGAAGAAGUCAACGAGAAUCCCCUUGUCGUUUGCCUUGCUGUCGGUUGUCGCAGAGCUUUUCUUGCGUUGCAGCAGCUUUAACUUCUCACGUGUUAUCACUUUGUUGUGUUUAUUUAUUUGUAGUUAGGGUUGUUGUUAGUAUUAUGGGCUAAAAUAGUAAGUUUUGUUAGAGUUUUAUUGCUUUUAUGGGUCGCAGAUUGUUAUGGCCCAAAAGUCCACAACUUACAGCUCAAAAACGCGGACCCAUUUUGUCAAAAAAACAUUCGUAUCGCCAUGGCGAAGGCGCAGGAAUGGCGAAGGCGCAGGAAUGGCGACGCCAUGUGUAUACACCUUGCCACAGCCCCUUUUCAUAGCACAGAGGGUUUUUCGCGCCACAUGGCACAUGGCCCGCGCGCCAUAUUGCGCCAUCGACUACCAUGGAUGCGGUAAUGAAGAUGAACGUAAACUUGUGUUAUUGAGAAUGAACUGUACAAAGUAUUAUACAAGUAUGAGCCUCAACAGACUAAGAACAAACUUCACAGAAAGAUAACAGACUACUAACCGUUAAGCUAUUGCAAUAGUAUGCGUGUAUAUAUUGAUACACUAUUCCUAACAAACAUAAAUAUGUUACAAAUUUGUUGCAAAUUUUGAAAAUGAAUGAGGCUAAUCCUGUAGUCACGCCCUUGUCUUCGUCGGCUCUGACUCUAUUUGAUAGUUCGGGCUCUUGUGACAUCACCCACCAUCGGCAGGUGGUUGGAUCACUUCAGUACUUGUGUCUCACCCAACCGGAUGUUGCCUUUGUUGUCAAUAAACAUGCUCAAUUCAUGCAUAAGCUCACAAUUUAUCACGGACAACUAGUGAAGCGUCUCUUGCGUCAUCUCCAAGGCACCACUUCUCAUGACCUCUUUCUCUGUCGCGACUCAUCACCUUCUCUAUGAGCUUAUGCUGACUGGGCAGGGAUCUGGAUGAUCGUUCUUCUACCAAUGCAUAUGCCAUCUUUCUCGGUAAAUCACUCAUUUCUUGGAAAUCUACCAAUCAGCGCACUAUUGUCAAGUCCUCAAUGAAAGCCGAAUAUCGUGCUCUGUCCACUGUGGCAUCUGAAAUUCUUUGGAUAUAAUCACUUCUUCACGAGCUACGACAUCCGUUACCUACCCCGCCAACUCUUCUAUGUGAGAACAAGGGUGCUUUUACAUUUUCCACCAAUCUGUCAAACUCGCAAUUGACGGGAGGGGAAAACUGGGAUACCUAACGGGAGAAAUCAAAGAAACUCAGUGGUGAGGAUGGCUGCAUUUCAUGGAGGUCAGAAAAGUCUUUGGUGACAGCCUGGCUUCUCAGCUCCAUGGAGGCAUCAAUCGCUAAACCCCACAUGUUUAAGAAGACAACAAAACAGGUGUGGGAUUCCAUCAGAAAAACAUAUUCAGAUCUUGAAAACUCUUCUCAGAUUUUUAAAUUGAACACAAUUCUCUGGCAGUCCAAACAAGGAGAUAGAGAUAUCACCACUUAUUAUAAUGAGAUGGUGUCUCUCUUGGCCAAGCACAAUAAGAGAGCAAAGGAUGACAGUCUACAUGUUUCUUGUAGGAGUUAAUCAAGGACUGGAUGAAGUGAAUGGAAGAAUUCUGGGAAAGAAACCUCUACCCUCAAUGAGAGAGGAUUUGACAUCAGGGAAGAUGAUUGGCAGUGCUAGGGAGGAAGAUGGACUCUAUAUCUUUGAUGAAGGAGCUCAAUCAAAUAAAAGAGGUCAAAGAACUGCUUGUUUGCAAAUUGUUUCCUUUUUCAACAAUAAACAAUUGUAUUUGCUCCACUAUAGACUAGGACAUCUUAGUUUUUAUUAUUUAAAAAAACUGUUUCCUCAGUUAUUUAAUAAUAAAGAUCCUUCUUUGUUUCAUUGUGAUAUGUGUGCACUUGCAAAACAUCAUAAAAAUUCAUACAUCCUUCAGAGUUACAAACCUACUAGUCCUUUUACUCUUGUGCAUAGUGAUAUUUGGGGUGCAUCUAGAGUGCCUACUAUAAAAAAAGAGAUGGUUUGUAACAAUCAUGGAUGAUCAUACACGGGUCACCUGAGUAUUUUUUAUCAAAGAAAAAUCAGAAGUAGAAAAUGUGUUUAGGAAUUUUUAUGCAAGGAUCCAAACUCAAUUCAAAACCAACAUUAAAAUGGUGACAAGUGAUAAUGGCCGUGAAUAUUUUUCUCAAAACCUAAACUUUAUUUUUGAAAAAGGAAUGAUUCAUCAAAGUUCUUGUGUAAACACACCUGCUCAGAAUGGGAUUGCUGAGAGGAAAAAUAGGCAUUUACUUGAAGUGACUCGUGCAAUCAUGUUUUCAACAAAAGUUCCUAAAUAUCUAUGGGGAGAGGCUGUGUUACAUGCUACUUAUUUAAUUAAUCGCAUGCCAUCAAAGAUUUUAGGAUUUAAAACUCGUAUUAACACACUUCAAAACAGUUUUCCAACAAAAAGGUUGAUUAGCUCUCUUCCUUUGAAAGUUUUUGGUUGCACAAUAUGCGUUAAAAAUCCAGAUAAAACAGCAAGUAAAUUUGACUCUAGAGGAACAAAAUGUUUUGAUCCUACAACAGAAAUGAUUUUUGUAACAAUGGACACUUUUUUGGUGAAGAUCAACCUUUUUUGACUCUCAUCUUCGAGGGGAGAAUCUAAGUGAAGAUGUUCAAAAAGUGCCAUAUAUCCAUGAAAUUCUUGAUUUUCUUGACAUAAUCUUGAUGUGCAUCCAAGUAGAAACUUAGGAACAUCAGAAAAUAUUUAAGAAUUAAUAAUUAAUGAAAUAAAUGCAAUUGAAACAAUUGAAAACGAAGAACAACGGAUAAGUAAGUUCUUUGGCAAAGUUUGUGAGAGAAGAGUUCCAAAUCAAAGAACAGAGGAAGUUUCUGACCUUGCAUCUGUCCAUGAAUCUGACUCAAUGAGGUAAUAUUUCCAAUGUUCUUAAUUUACCAAUUGCUCUCAGAAAAGAAAGGACAUGUGCCAAACAUCCUAUUUCAAAUUAUGUUUCUUAUUCUAAAUUGUCCUCAACUUUUGCAACUUGUACUUCUAGUAUCUCUUCUAUUUCUAUUCCCUCGACCAUACAGGAAGCACUAUCUGAACCUGAGUGGAAGAAAGCUGUUUUGGAAGAAAUGGAUGCUCUUGAAAAGAAUCAGAUAUGGAAGAUUGUCGUGCUGUGUCAAAGCAAGCCAACCGUUGGAUGUAGAUGGAUCUUCACUCCUAAAUUCAAGGCAGAUGAAACUUUUGAGGGAUAUAAGGCAAGAUUAGUUGCCAAAGGUUACACACAAACCUAUGGCAUAGACUAUACAGAAACCUUUGCAUCAAUUGCAAAGUUGAACACUGUAAAGAUUCUUUUAUCUCUUGCUGUUAAUCUAGACUGGCCACAUCACCAGGUAGAUGUGAAGAAUGCAUUUUCUAAUGGAAAACUUGAAAAUGACGUGUACAUGAAUCCUCCUCUUGGAUUAGAGAACAAGUUUGUCUCAAAGGUAUGUAAGCUGGAGAGAGCCUUAUAUGGGCUAAAAUAAUCUCCUAGAGCUUGGUUUGACAGGUUUACUCAGUUUGUAAAAAGACAGGAUUCAAGCAGGCUCAAGCUAAUUGUCUAUGUAGAUGAUAUUAUCCUUACAGAAGAUUAUCUUAAAGAGACUGAAAACCUAAAAAGGAAGCUUGUUGAUGAGUUUGAGGUCAAGGACCGGGGAGAAUUGAAGUACUUUCUUGGAAUGGAGAUAGCUAGAUCAAAGAAAGGAAUUGUUGUCUCACAAAGGAAGUAUGUUCAGGAUCUUUUUCAAGAAAUAGGAAUGAGUGCAUGUAGACCUGCAGAUACUCCAAUUGACCCCAUAAAAAAUUGGGAGAUGUCAAAGAUUUGAGUUCUAGUCAAUAUUCAGCAAUAUCAAAGGUUGGUGGGAAGAUUGAUCUAUUUGGCAUAUACCAAGCCAGAUAUUGCAUUUGAAGUGAGUAUGGUUAGUGAGUUAUGAAUCAUCCAUUUCAGGAACAUCUUGAUGCUACUUACAGGAUUCUCAGAUAUUUAAAAAGCCGUCCAGGAAAGGGGUUAUUUUUCAAAAAAAGUAACAAUAGGAUUGUUGAGGCCUUUGCAGAUGCAGACGAUGCUGGCUCAAUUACUGAUAGAAGGUCUACUUUUGGAUAUUGUACUUGUGUAUGGACAAAAUCUUGUAACUCGGAGAAGUAAGAAACAGAAUGUGGUUGUUAGAAUUAGUGUAGAAUAAGAAUUCGGAUCUAUGGCUAAUGGAAUCCGUCAACUUCUUUGAAUCAAGAGAGUAAUUUCAGAACUGAAAAUGAAGAUGGAUCUGCCUUGAAGUUGUAUUGUGAUAACAAGACAACUAUUACCAUUGCUCAUAAUCCUGUACUACAUGAUCAUACUAAACAUAUUGAAGUGGACAGACACUUUAUUAAAGAAAAGAUUGAAACUGGAGUUGUGUGCACACCAUUCAUAUCUACCAAAGAUACCAAAGAUCAAACAACUGAUAUCUUCACCGAGGGAUUGUUUAAACCAGUGUUUGAACUACUUAUAAGAAAGUUAGGGAUGUUAGAUAUAUGAUAUAUACUCACCAACUUGAGUGGGAGUGUAGAAAAUGUUACAUUAAUUAUUAUUAUUAUUAGAUGUAGCAGUACAUAUGUAGCCGUGUAGAUAAGUCUUAAAGCUGUUAGCUUUCAUUUAUUAUUAGAUAAGCUUUGUAGUUAGCUAGAUCCUAUUUUAUAGGAUCUCCACAGGGAGGUUGUUACUCUUAAAUCCUAUAUAUAUUCUGGCCGGAUGGCUCAAUAAACACAAGGAAAAUUUAUCCCUAAAGGAGUAGAAGCAGUUUUCAGAAGUAGUUCCCAACACCCCCUUAAUGCAUUUAGUUCAAUAUGAUAUUGAAUAUAUCAUAAUUGGUAAUUCUAGAAUAGUAUACAUAAUAUUUUCUAAGCAGUGCUCUUGACAUGAGUCAGCUGGGAACUUCUUUGCCGUUAGGCAAUAUGAGUACUCUACCGCCUUGAAUGCGCCUUGCAACUUUGACUACCUUGGUCUAAACUAGGUCGGACAGCGACUAAUUCCUUAAUAAGCUUAAUUCAAAACUCUAUCUCUCCUAACUAACAGUUCUAAAAUGCGAUUAAUUCUACCUCUAUUUUGUUCCUUCUGACUAGAUCUAGGUUGACAGGUUGUUAACGUUCACGAAAAUUUUGUAUCAAUCUUGUCAUGUUUCUGCCUUGUGCAGAAUCAUUCUUGCUUGUUCAUAAUCCGUAGAGGAAAGGGAAGGUGCUGCUGAUGAUCAUUGUGGAGUUGGAUGUUCUUGCAUAAAUAUUGGAACAACUCCUCGCAUAAAUAAAUGUCAAGUACUCGAUGCAUUGGUCAGUCUUUUCUGCAGGUCAAACAUAUCUGCAGAAACACUAUGGCUUGGUGGUUGGCUUUUGCGCCAACUCCUUCCUCAAAGUGAUGCCCAUUUUAAUAGUAAUCAUCGUAAAUUGCUUGACGGCUCAUACUGUAGCUGCACCCAACGUAUUCUUGAAGAAACAAGAGGAUCUUGGCCUGAUCUAUUGAUUUCGGUUAUCAGUAAUGAGUGGAGAAACUGCAAAAGAGCAAUUGAAGCUUCAUCACCUCAGAAAGAUCCUAAAUCCAUGCUUUUCCUGCCAAAGAAAUCUGCUUCUGAAGAUCUGUUUUCAAGUGAUUCAUCUAUUGCUGCUGGUGAAAGAAUGUGUGAGACAGUGAAGGUUUUUGUACUUGUUCAUCAACUCCGUUCAUUCUCAAUUGGUAAGGUUUUGCCUGAUCAGCCUUUGAUAGAGCCUCCAACUAAUGUUCUGGGAAGCUCCCGUGCAAAAACUGCUGGAGUGAAUAGUUUGGGUGCAAAACCAAACAGUGAACUAAAUCUUGCAGGUUCAGUGCCUUGUAGAAUUGCAUUUGAGAGGGGCAAAGAGCGUCAUUUUUUCUUUUUAGCGAUCAAUGCAGGAAUAUCUGGUUGGCUCAUCCUUGCAGAAGAGUUACAGCAGAGACCUCAUUUUGGUCUGGUGCGAGUUGUAGCCCCUUUGGCCGGUUGCAAUCCCACAAGGGAUGACAAGCAUCCAAAAUGGUUGCACCUUCGUAUACGUCCAUCUUCAUUUCCUUGUAUGGAUGGCGGCAGGCACUCUCUUCCCUCAAAACUUUGUACGGGAAAACCCGUAGUGGACGGAAGGUGGACGCUGGCAUUUCGUGAUGAGGAAUCUUGCAAAUCUGCGUGGUCUAUGAUACUUGAAGAGAUUAAUUUCCAAACAAUUGAAGUGGAAAGAAGGAUAAAGCCCUUGCUUGUUGAUGUAGAAUGUUAGUCAUUUCAGAGGCUUGACGUCUCAUAAAAAAUUUCAAGAUUCUUUCAUGCAUGUAUGACAUUCCUUGUAUACUCCAAUAAUUUUAUUUACACAUGCUCUGGAGGUUGGUAGAAUCCUACAUCCCUUCUAUGCUGCCUUUGUAAAUAAAGGUAAAGGAACAAUAGUGAUGUACUAUUGUAGAUAAUGUUAGUGUGGAAGACCAGUUCAAUGUAAAUUAUGCUCCCUCUGUAUAUGCUUAAACAAAGUUUUUUUGGCAUUUGGUCAGUCAUUUUUUUGUGUGAAUGAAAUGUAGUUGGU